AUAGACCUACCAAUCAUUUUGGUGCUUCUAAACAUUGAACUCUCUAUCGCAUGUGGUAGAGCAGAGUACAGAAUAGUUGAUGAGUGCUGUCCUAUGUGUUCGCCAGGUAAGGACCAGUUCUGUAUACAAUAUGGAUUAUUAUGAAGAAAAUACAUUGCAAUACCAAUCAAUCCAUGACACUGACCUUCUAUUCCACAGGAAACCGGGUACAUAAACACUGUACAGAAUUUACAAGUACUUCCUGUGUCCCCUGUUCCGACUCCACUUUCCUUGAUGAACCCAAUGGUCUUACGGCAUGCAUACAGUGUACAAACUGUGACCCAGGCUUUGGUUUGAAGGUAAAGCAGCCAUGUAGACCUUCAUCAGACACUGUCUGUGGGACACUGGAGGGGUUCUACUGUCUAGACCCAACUAAGGAUGGUUGUAGAGCAGCCCAGAGACACAGCAGCUGUAAACCUGGUCAAUACAUCAGCCACACAGGUAUGUAUUCAUGUAAGUCUUCCAUUGACAUCAGUGCAUGAUUUAUGCAGUCGUGAGUUAAGCACAUCUCAAGUUACGACCCUUAAUGAGUUUCACCCUGUGUUGAUGCAGGAACAACAUCUGCAGAUACUGUGUGUGCUGACUGCACUGGUGAUACUUAUUCAGAUGGAUCAUUAACAUCCUGCCAGCCACACACAGAGUAAGUGUGGACAUUAUUAGUUAGUUCAAAUGGGUAUUCCCCUGAAGAUAUAUAAAUACAAUCAUUAUUAUCCUCAAAUAUAAUAUUUUAAAAACUAUAUUUAUGUCUUUGACAUAGAUGUGAAUUCUUGGAAAUUGAAGCAGGAACUCCUUGGUCGGAUUCAGAAUGCGGAGUAACCUCACUUCCCACAGCUGGAACCAUAGCUGGAAUCAUAGCUGGUGUUCUGAUAUGUUUCCUGAUAGACACCAUAGCUGGUGUUUGUUUAUUUAUAGUGAGAAAAAGAGAAAUGGUGAGAAGAGAAAACUUUGGUAAGAUUACUGGAAUUUAUCUGUACCAUUCAUUGUUUUCAAUGCCUGUGAUACUCAGUAUACUCUGUAAAUGCUACAUGUUCUACUUCUCAUAGUGUAGAUUACUGUUUGUUAACGUCAUGGUUACACAGUAUGUUUAUUACAAUAUUGGACAUCUGUCUUUUUUAUAGACCCUCAAAUACUGACACAGGUAUGUUUGGAAAUCUAUGAAUAAGUCAUCUUUUUAGCUGUGAAAUUUUAAUUUAAUGGGCCAGUUUCCCAGACAAUAGAUCUCCAUUGAACAUGCUUCUUAUUCCAAGACUGGGCUUAAUCUCUGUCCGGGAAACUGGCCCAAUGUGUUUGACUAAUUACGGAUUCUGUCUGAUAGACAUCCCCGGAUCAGGAUAUACCAAUGCUGUCUGAGGGAACUGGAAAAGGUAAGGCACACCUUCAAGGUUUUCUAAAUAUGUGUACGGAAUAGUUUUUAUGAGUUAAAAGAAUUUCAAACAUAUUUCUAAAUAAAUGUAUAUGGUAUAUUACUUCAUCAAGUCAUCAAUGCUAAGACAUGAUAUGAUCCAAGAAUAUAGGACUCUGGAUACAAGCAAUUGUACUACAAAUCAGUGUCCAGAAUGUAAAUGAAUUACUGAUAAAUUACUAAUGAAUUCUCUCCCCAGAUUCAAGCCUCCAUCACAGUCAGUGACUCAACAUUCUGUAAUCUGUGGUCCACUGGCUGGCUGGUCCAGCCAUCUAUA